AUGCGCCAAAUUUAUAUGGAUUUACUAAAAGCCAGAGGUCUUCCAAUUUUAAGGUAUGCUGAAGUACCUCUAUGGAAUAUAAAGUGGCAUUGCCACUUUGUCAGCCGCGACCCUGAAGAGGACCGUCAAGUAAUCGCUGGAAUUCCGGAUUUAAAUGAUCCUUGUUUUCGCCGCUACGUUAACUGUAUCAUCGUCAACGCGCAGCCCUAUGAAAGGAGAUCAUCAUUAUCGCUGAUAAGCUGUAAGUCGUACUGUCUUCAAAGUCAAAUAGGAACGUAUAGCUGUCGUUCGUUUGUCUACGACAACAUCAACCAGGUGUGCGACCUCUUCGCUCAUGCCGGAGAUCAAGCUCCAGCGCGAUUGCUGAAAUUUCAAAGUCGAGAUUAUUUUGAACCAACUAAUGCGUAUCAGUGCUUAAACUUUCCUACUGCGUCAACGACAUUUGCUCCCGAAGCUUUGACGACCGAAAGUAUAGCUGUAGCAACUUUACCUCCUCGGCCGUCAUUACCUGUCGACCAAGUGGUGGCACACGCAUCGCAGCUGGAUCAUCGUGAAUCUGAGGAGGUAGUGAAAACCACGGAUACGGAUGCGCUGAUAGAACAGAAAUCCAUUGAAAGCACUACAACUGCACCAUAUUGUCCUCCAGGGAAGAAAAUCAGGUAGGG